CAUAGCUUGUUAAGCAUUUGGUACAUAAUAUGCAAUAGAUAAUCGGAACAUAUUCCAUUGUUACUCUGUGACGGCAAAAAUACGGCAAAAAUUUUAAGACUACACAAAUAUUUCUAAAAAUAAAAUGUGUUACAAUUUAUUACAUCCAAAUAGUUGGCUCCGAUUUACAUUAGUUUUUGCUUUUACAAUUCUCCUGAGAUUAAUAUUUCUUGUUGGAUGUGUACCGAUAAUAACAUGUCUUUUGAUUUGGAGAUGGAUAAUUUCACGUGCUGCGAAAUUAUUUCGAGGACAACAACUCGGAAAAAUGGUAACCGCACAAGGCAACACGAUAGGUAUUUCUUUAUCCCUUAUACAAAUCAUAAAAAUCAGAGGUCAACGACACCCCGUGGAAUUUUACCUGCCGCCGCCGCCAAAAUUGGCAGCUUUGAUCUAAAUUUAUUCACAAAUAUGUAAUAUCUUAUACAUACAUAUACUUCAUGUUUAACAAGUGGCGCAAAUUAGCAUUCAUCUGACUUCUCUCACCCCUCUUCUAUUUCUGAAAAACCCCCAAAACAUAUGAAAAUAUGUACGUUACAUCUCUAUAAUUCAACAGAAUGCGGUCACCUGUACACUAGAGAUGCGGUAACUAAUGUGGUAGCCAUGAAGGUAGAAAGUUCCACAAUUGAUGUGCAAGUGCUGCGAAACAAAGUCGAGCAAAAGUGGUUAUCCGCCAAACUACCCGGCUCGAAUGACCCACUUUACCCUGAACUGAAAUCUGGAGUACGUCAAUGGAUGGGCUACUUGUUUUGGGAACCGUGUCAACAUUUUGAUAUCAAAGAUCGCAUAAAAUACAUUACAAAUGCCGACGUGACAUCAAACUGGGACGAUGUCUGUACUGAAGCUGGUUUCAAGAAUCUGGUCAUGCACCUCCUCAGAGAUCGAUUGUGGGUGGAAGGAAAACCAUUGUGGGAAAUUAUAGUCGUGGACGAAUCUUGUUUCAAAAAUGCUGUAAAUUUUGAUAACGCGAGUUGGAUUUUUUUUCGUGACCAUCACAUCCUAUCAGAUGGAUGGUCCAUAUUCAAAUUGCUUUCUAAAUUGUUUGAUGAUGAGGAUGAUAUUCUGGAAAAGGUACCUAGAGCAAUAUUUGAAAGAGAAAAUGGUACAUUAUGGACUCGUUUUAUCGCACAAGUUCAGUUCGUCCUUAAAGUGCCAUUUGAACUGGUGGAUCUUAUCAUAGACAUUCUGGCGAACCGGGACACCCUCCCAACUUUUUCAGUCGUAGGAUCAUCCGAUAUAAAGUUGGAAAUGAGAAACGGUCCGAGUCUCCAAUUCUUGAAGCAGCUCAAAAAUGAUCUUGGCGUUGACCUUAUAUCGCUCUUGUUGGCCGGAAUGACCGCCUCAAUUCGACAGUGUUAUGAAAAAGCUGGCAAACCGCCACCAGAAAAUAUACGAUUGCUCUUUGCACUCCCCACGCCUGGGCAUCCAGAAAAAUUAAGGAAUUAUGUAACGAGUUGCUGUAUUUUCCUCCCAAUUGGAGAAAGCGAUUCAUUGAAGAGAAUUAAACUGAUAGCAUCUCGAAUUCAACGUUUCAAGCGAUCCGGUCUUCCGCUGGCAUUUUUCUUGGCGUCGCGUGUCUAUGGAUUAAUGCCGGCACCAUUGCUCCGCCGUUUCAUAACAAGGAUUCCCCUUCUUUUUUCCAACGUAGUUGGACAUCCUGGUACAAUGCGCUAUGAGGGGAAACCCGUCCCAUGUAUUCGUGUCUCAAUUAAUCCCCCAGCCGAUGGGAAUGAUCGUUUUGAAUGUGGGAUGGUUUUCUUUUCACAUUCCGGGACAACCAAUCUGCAAGUUGUUGGAUUGCACAAAUAUUUUUAUGAUAAUCAACACCCCGAAGAAUAUUUGGAUCGGUGCAUUCAAGAAUGGGAGGAGCUGGAAAUAAUUAAUGCAAAGUUAAACAAAUCAAUUGCGUCGGAAAUUGUGUAAAUAGUUGGUGAUAAUUAUACAUACGUACAUAUCGCAUUGCAUGAACAAUUUGAUUAUGAUAAUGGGUCCCAGAUAACAAUUUGAGAUUUCGCUGUGAAUUCCGUAUCGAAUUCGCAGCGAAAUGUCCGCCGAUUCGCUAGCGAAUUCGUGGAGAAAUCGUGGAGUCGCUGCGGGUUCGCUUCGAAUUCAUGUAAUUCCCAAACUUUUAAUUUUUGAAUAAAAUUUUCAUCCUGGCAUAACCCCCUUAGAAGAAACAACGGACAACAAACAAGUUUAUGCACCCUGGUGUGACAAGCAUGAAUAUUUUUUCUUCUAUAACGUUACGAAUUUAAACUACAAACAUAUGUAUUUAGACUAGAUUAGAUUGUUUAUUGCUGUUUUUUGCGACCAUAUUUACAUAAACCCAUAAAGGUACAUGUCAAAUUUAUAGUGGAAUUUUACAAUCGAACUACCUGCAUACAUUUAUAUGUACAAAGGCGCCACGGCGAAUCUAUCUACCUAACGAUAACUAACGAGUAAACUCGAUAGCUUAGAUUAGCAAUAAUGGAAUGGAAUGAAAUAUGCAUGAAAUAUGUACUUAUUAUGGUUAGACAAACCAAAUCAAAUAAUUGUACAUAUGUAUAGAUACAUAAACGUGUAUAUACUUAUUUUUUGAAAAAUUAAGUGUUCUCUUUUCUUAACUAACAAACGGCACAAACAUGAACAUAUUUAAAUACAUGUGUGUUUGGGAUUUGCAAUCUAACUACCUAUUUAUAAGUAUUAUUUUAUGUAUAAUUCUUUAAAGAUCAUGAGAAGCAAGCUCGUACCGAAUGACCUUGUACAUCAUGGAAAAAUUUUGAUGUAAAAUGAAAAAAAGGUUUUCAACAUUUUGAGAUUAUGGCUUAUUAGUUUAUUUCAUUAUAUUUGAAAAGUCGUGCGCAUGACAGCAUUGUCAUGGUGAAAAGCAAUUACCAAUAAUUAGGUGUUAAAUAUUGUGGAAACCAAUGUGAAUCAAUUAGAUUUUUUAGCUUGUUAAAUUUUUUUAUACCCAAUUUGUAUAAUGAUGGCGCACACGGUGGUCUAUUUCUUCAUGUCCAAUAAUGCGAAUCCUACUUUAACCAUCCGUGAGAAUUUGCCAAACAAACAUUUUAAUUCGCAUGAUAUUAAACUACAUAAAUAUGGGAACUUUUUAAAAUGACCAUCCAUAGCUUAUUACGCAUUUAGUGCGUUCUGUGUGCUAGUAAAAAUUUUAAGACUACACAAAUAUUUCUAAAAAAAUAAAAUGUUUUACAAUUUAUCACCUCCAAUUAGUUGGCUACGAUUAAUAUUAGUUUUCAUUUUUGCAAUUUCUAUUUACAAUUUCUUUUUACCAGGAUUAAUAUUUCUUGCUGGAUGUGUUUCCAUAAUAACUACUCUUCUAAUUUGGAGAUGGGUAAUUUCAUGCGCUGCGAAAUUAUUUCAAAGACAAAAGCUCGGAAAAAUGAUAACCGCACAAGGCACCAUGAUGGAAUGCGGUAACCUGUACAAAAGGGGGGCAGUAACCUCUAUCGUAGCCAUGAAGUUAGAAAGCCCCACACUUGAUGUGCAAGUACUGCGAAACAAAGUCGAGCAAAAGUGGUUAUCCGCAAAACUACCCGGCUCGAAUGACCUACUUUACCCUGAACUGAAAUCUGGAGUACGUCAAUGGAUGGGCUACCUGUUUUGGAAACCGUGUCAACACUUUGAUAUCGAAGAUCACGUAAAAUACAUUAAAAAUGCCGAUGUGGCAGAAAACUGGGACGAUGUUUGUACUGAAGCUGGUUUCAAAAAUCUGUUCAUGCACAUACUCAGAGACCGAUUGUGGGUGGAAGGAAAACCACUGUGGGAAAUGAUAAUCGUGGAUAAGUCUUGUUUCAAAAAUAUGGAAAAUCUGGAUAAUAAGAGUUGGAUUUUUUUCCGUUAUCACCACAUGAUGGCAGAUGGAUGGUCCAUGUUCAAAUUGUGGUCCAAAUUGUUUGACGAGGAUGAUAUUCUGGAAAAGGUACCUAGGCCAAUAUUUCAUGGAGAACGUACCACAUUGUGGACUCGAUUUAUCUCAAGCGUGCAGUUCUACCUAAAAAUGCCGUUCGAAGUGGUGGAUCUUAUGUUAAACAUUCUGGCGAACCCGGACACCCUCCCAACUUUUCCAGUCGUAGGAGGAUCAUGCGAUGUGAAAUUGGAAAUGAGAAACGGUCCGAGUCUCCAAUCCUUGAAGCAACUCAAAAAUGAUCUUGGCGUUGACCUCCAAUCGCUCUUGUUAGCCGGGAUGACCGCCUCUAUUCGACAAUCUUAUCAAAAAGCUGGAAGACCGCCACCAGAAAAUAUAAAGUUGUUCUUUAUACUUCCCAUGCUUGGACAUCCAGACAAAUUGCAGAAUCACCUAACGUUUUGCUGUAUCUUCCUUCCAAUUGGAGAAAGUGAUUCCAUGAAGAGAAUUCAAGUGAUUGCGUCUCGCAUCCAACGUUUCAAGCGAUCUGGUCUUCCGCUGGCAUUGUUCUUGGGGUCGCGUGUCUAUGGGUCAAUGCCGGUACCACUGCUCAGGCGGUUUAUAGUUAGCACACCCCUACUUUUUACCAACCUGAUUGGACCAUUAAGUACAGUUCAUUGCGAGGGGAAGCCAAUCUCUAGCAUUUGUGGAAUAAGUAAUCCCCCAGACGAUGGGACUGAUCGUUUUGAAUGUGGGAUGGCUUUCUUAUCACAUUCAGGGACAACGCACCUGCAAGUUAUUGGAAUGAGCAAAUAUUUUUGUGAUAAUCAACAUCCCGAAGAAUAUUUGGAUCGGUGCAUUCAAGAAUGGGAGGAGCUGGAGAUAAUGAUGCCAAGUUAAAUAAGCAUCUAAUUAACAGCCCCUCUAAAUAAUUCGAGUUUGCCAAAUAAAUGAUUAUAGUUGCUUUCCACCGUCAUGCCGUUCGCGUUCCCUAGCAGGCAUCACUUUUGCUUUAGGGCAGAACGUGCACCCUUGACAAUAAUGUAAACUUUUUGAAAAGUUAAAGCACUUUGAAUUUGUUAUUAUGUAAGCUACACUAAUUGUAAAUUCGGAGAAAACUUUACUCUUUACCAAGUUAAGGGACCAGGAAUAUGUAAAUUUUCUACAAUAUCUUAAACAGUAUUUAUAGGUAUUUCGAACUGAGCACAAAAUUGUAAUAUAUUUAAUUAUAAUUCAAAAUCAAAUUAAAACUAAAUAUGUGCAUUAAAUGAAUUUUUGCUCAACUGGA